UUCUCUCUGUCUCUCUCUCGUGUUGGCGCGCUCGGGCGGAGCGCCCGUUGUGUGUUGUGGCUAGAGAGAGCACAAAAAGUUGUCCAGUGUUUUCACAGGCUUCUCACCGAGAGGCUGCUCAGUCUCGUUCGACAACUAUUUCUCGUAACAAUUAACGGGUUUUUUUCUGUGUCAUUGGAUUUCUUUGUAGCUUAACCGUGUUUGAAUCCAAUGAAAUAGUACAGAACAUUUUUGGAAACCCUCUUGGAUUAUUGGCAGUCAUCUUUGAAGCACGUGGCUUUCAGCAACAGUCGUCGAUAUGAUCGACUUUACCUGAACGAGUUAAUCAUUUGACGUGUAUUUUUUCGUGUGUUUAGUGAUUCAGUGAGCCUGUUAUCAAGCUGCCUUUCAAUAACAGGUGGUUUCGUCCGUGUCUUCACGGCUUCACCUGAACCGUCUGUCGCGACCGGAUUUGUCAUUGGCUGAUUUGAGCGCCAACUGGCGCCGUCGAGUGCGAGUGCCGCACCUGGCCGCUCCGCGCGUCGACUGGUCUGUAAUCGGUUCCCGGCUACGUCUUGGCCUCUCGCGGGUCAAAGUUGAAGUACCCGCCAUUAAAAUGCCUCCCAUCCGCAGCCGACGAGGAUGGUGCGGUUGCUUCCAGAAAGAUGAACCACCCGAAAUCACCUACUGUGUCGUCAACCAGAACGGCAUGAUGCACCUGCAGACCUUAUCGCCCGCCCAGCCUAUGCCGGAAGAAACAGAGUUAGAUGCCAAAUUCACCGAAUUACUGGAAGAAUUGGAUUUGACUCCACCCAAUCGGGCGGCGAUGUUGGCCCUACCAGCGGAAAAGAAAUGGCAAAUCUACUGCAACAGGAAGAAGGAUCCUGGUCAAGAGUCUGACGUUUCUAAUCCUCCUGAACACUACAUCGCCAAAGUCAACAGUAUAGCUCAGUUGCCGUUCUCGGAAGAUGAUGCCGAAGAAAUGAGGAUCCGCACAAAAUUGGUGGAUAGCCUUAAGACGGCGCUAAGGACGCAACCCCAUUCGUUCGUUCAGCGUUUCAUCGAGCUGGACGGCUUGCCUUCGCUGUUGGGUGCCCUUGGCUCAAUGGACGAACUGACGGCCCAUUGCGGCCUUCAUAAUGCAUAUAUUGGAUGCGUCAAAGCUCUUAUGAAUAAUUCAACGGGAAGGGCUCACGUGCUGGCCCAUCCGUCAUCCAUAAAAAUCAUUGCGCAAAGUUUGUCGGCUGAUAAUCCCAAAGUCAAAAUGGCCGUUUUGGAGAUUCUCGGCGCUGUUUGCCUUGUGCCGGGAGGCCACCGCAAGGUGCUGGAGGCCAUGCUCCACUUUCAGGAAUAUGCCGGCGAACGGACACGAUUUCAGACCAUAGUCAACGAUCUCGAUCGAAGUAUCGGAGCCUAUCGGGACGAUGUUGGUCUAAAAACGGCUACAAUGUCGUUUCUAAACGCGUUGCUCAAUUACGGGCCAGGCGAGGAUAACCUCGAAUUUCGGCUUCACUUGCGCUACGAAUUACUCAUGCUUGGCAUCCAGCCGGCCAUUGAUAAAUUGAGAGCUCAUGAAAACCAGACCCUUGACAGACAUUUGGACUUUUUCGAUAUGGUCCGAGCCGAAGAUGAAAGAGAAUUGGCUCGGAGAUAUGAAGAGGUUCAUGUCGAUACGAAGAGUGCAACGAGCAUGUUCGAAUGUUUGAGGAAGAAAUUAACACAUACUCCGGCCUACCCACAUUUUCUUUCGCUGCUCCAGCACGCCUUACUUCUUCCGCUUGAUUAUGGAUCCCAUCCGUACCACUGGCUCAUGUUUGAUCGAAUCGUACAACAGUUGGUUCUACAAGGAGAAUCGAGUGAAGACAUUGAUGGCGCCCCAUUGGAAAUAAAUGUGAAAGAAAUUGUUCAAUUGUUAGCUACCGAACAGGAAUUGCUUGCUGCUCAAAACAAAGCCGAAGAGUUUGAAAAAGAAAAUUGUGAUUUAGUUAACAUGUUGACACUUAAAGAACAAGAGCUUGACUUACGACUCCAGGAGAAGGAGGAUUGUGAAGCUGGACUAAAUCGAUUGAAAGAAAAGUUUGAACGCGAAACUGUUGCUCAUAUGGAAGCCAAACAGAAAAUUGCGGAUAUGGAAACGUACCUUAACGAACUCGGACAGCAAUUGCAGAUGGUCCAAAAAGAUAAAAUGAAACUGGAACACAUUCUCAAUCACUCCGGGACCAGCAUUCCCGACGACGCUAAAAACGGAUUCAAAGAUUUCAGUUUCAGUCCGCCACCUGGCUUGGCUAAUUUUAUGAAUGGGAGCAAGGGUUUCGAUAAUUCAAAAAUGCCUCCUCCUCCACCCCCUCCUCCACUUGCAGGUCCCCCACCUCCACCCCCACCUGGUUUUCCCUGCGCCAUCCAGCCACCGAAACCUGUCGCUAAAAAAGACGUCCCGCCUUCCUCCGUGCCUCUCAAGUGCUUCAAUUGGACCAAAAUUCCCGACACCAAAGUCGCCGGCACUAUUUGGACAGAAUUGGAUGAAGCCAAAUUGUAUAAGGUCAUAGACUUGGGAGAAUUUGAUAAAUUGUUCUCCGCUUAUCAGAAGAACGGCUUAAAUAACCAUGAGGGCUCAACAGAAGAUUUGCGCCAGAUCACAACUGGUAAAAUGAAGCAAAGAAACCUGUCGGUAGUCGAUGGUCGCCGCGCUCAGAAUUGCACCAUUUUGCUGUCCAAGUUGAAAAUGACGAACGAGGAUAUUAUUCGAGCAUUGCUGAGCAUGGACAGUAAAGAAGAAUUACCAAUGGAUAUGGUGGAACAGUUGCUUAAAUUUAUCCCUACCAACGAAGAGCGGGCACUGCUGGACGAGCGCAGUAGUGAUUUAGAUUCUCUUUCGCGUGCCGAUCGUUUCUUGUAUGACGUUUCAAAGAUUAGUCACUAUGAGCAGCGCUUGAACACGCUAUUCUAUAAAAAGAAGUUUGCGCAGAGCGUCGGGGAGAUGGAACCAAAAAUCGUAGCAGUUAUGGAGGCGUCUAAAGAAGUGGCACGCAGCAAGAAGCUCAAAAAAUUGCUUGAGAUCAUUCUGGCACUCGGAAAUUACAUGAAUCGCGGCCAAAGAGGCAACGCGGUCGGUUUCCGCAUUUCCAGUCUCAAUAGGUUGGCGGACACAAAGUCUUCGAAGAACACUACUUUGCUACAUUACCUCGUCGACAUUCUGGAAAGCAAGUUUAAAGAUGUGCUGAAGUUACACGAAGAUCUGCCUCAUUUGAAGCAAGCAUCAAAAGUCAGUUUGGUUGAACUAGAAAAAGAAAUGAAUCAACUUCGGAGUGGUUUAAAGGCUGUUGAAAAGGAGUUGGAAUAUCACCGCACACAAUGCCAGUCCACGACAGCUGGUGACCGAUUUGUUCCGGCGGUCAAAGAAUUCAUGGCGUCUGCCACCUACAGGUUUUCUGAUUUGGAAGAUAAAUUUCAAGACAUGAAAAAUAGGUUUGAAAAAGUGAUCGGAACCUUGGGUGACGAUCCAUCGACCGCACAACCCGAUGAAGUCUUUGGCGUGUUUGGUGUCUUCCUCAAUUCAAUGGCGGAAGCCAGGCAAGAAAAUCUGGCCGCUAAGAAACGCAAAGACGAGGAAGAAAAACGACUCUUGCAGGAAGCAGAUCUUCGCAAGCGGACUAUUGAUAGGAAAACGAGCAAAGAAGCCAUGCUUAGUCGGGUGUCAAAAGGAUUAACGAUCGGAAAUGGACAGAAUGGAGGAUCAAACGGUUGCCACGUGAACGGCGAUAAAGGAGAAUUUGACGAUCUGAUAUCAGCGUUGAGGGCUGGUGACGUGUUUGGCGAAGAUUUGGUUAAGAUGCGCCGGAAUCGCCGACGCGCCAACGGUUCUCCUCAUCGCAUAAGUCAGACUAGCAAUUCUUCAGUCAGAGAUUCAAGGGAAAACAGCAGGGAAAGGGCUCUGAACAGAAAAUAAAAAGGUGUAAAGGGGACCAUCUUCACCAAAUGUACAUUGUGUUGUAAGUGGGGCGAAUAAGGUGUCUUCGAUUUUCAGCGAACAUAUCACAAAUUUCAAUGUCGAUCUACUAAACGAAAUCCCAAAGCUUAUUAUUUUUGUAUAUAGAGCGCAUUUUGAAUUUUGCAAGAGUAGAAUGUCGAUUUGCAAUUGUUUCCUUUGGAUGUUUCAAGAAUAAUUCGGUUUUCGAUAGUCAGUGGUAGAGUAUCGCUUCAGUUAAUUGUGAAUUAAGAAGAUAGGUUGACAGUUGAUGUCAUUUGCUGCUUUUGAUCUGUUGUUCAAUUUGACAGUUACUUUUUAGAAUGUUGUACUUUCCCUUCUAGUCAGAUGCUUUGUUUGUUUUUUCUUCCAUUCUCUUCUGUUGUAUCCUUUUUAAACAAGGAUCUUAUAAAGAUUUUUUUUUUUUCAUUCUACGUAAGGCAAGACAGGACCAGGAUUCUUUGGCCUAUUUGAAUGCGUGUCUUACGUGUCGUGCCAAGGCCCACGGAGACGUCAUAAUAGCCGUGCACAUUACAAUAUUCCGUUUCCUUACACAUAAGGGCAUAAAUUAUGUUGAAGUUAACAUAGCGGCUUGAAUUGUACAUAAUGUAAACCUAAAAGUCAAACGAUGAAUACAUUAAUCAAACAAUC